GCCGGUUGUAUAAAGUGUAGUUGACUAAAGGUUGAAAUUGAACCGGCGGUUGAGUGAAAAAUUCUGUUGCAUGAUCGACGAUUUAGCUCUAACUGACAGUUGAACUGUCAGUUGGCUCAAACGGCACUCGAAGUACGGAUUAGCGAAUUCAACCGUCAGUUUAUGUUUGUUUGUGAAGUUAUAUAAAUCGUUUAAGAUGUCCAAAAAAAGAAUUACCUUUACAGAUAUAGAUGUACGGACGCUUAUAGAUAUAGUUUUCAAGUAUAAGCAUAAGAUAGAAUGCAAGAAGACUGACGUUAUAACUUGGAGGGAGAAGGUAACUUUGAAUAUGUAGUAAUUGGUAUGUGCACUAUCUAACUGUUUCCCAUGUUUAGGAUGCAAUUUGGUCUAAAAUUGCAAAUGAAUUUAAUUGUGCCGUGAUGGAUCAAAAAACUGCAGAGUUAUGAUAAGAGAUUUUCUAAAAGAAAUUUUUGAAAAAAUAAAAGCCAUCAUUAAUUUGUCUAUCGAAGGAGUUGCACCAUGUAGAGGUGACAGUGAUGCUUGCCUUAUAGAGACCUCUGAGGCAUCUUCAUCGGUUGCUCAACAAAAAGAUUUCGCCGAUGUUAUUUUCCUAGAUUUGCCGGACGCCUGCAAUAUCGAAAUGCAACAUCUGGAACCUUGUGAAGAAAGAAUAGAUAUUUCCGAUUCCGCAGUGAAUGAACAUGAAAUUGCAGUAACAACUGAUUGGAGUAACUAUAAGCCAAGCAUGUUGAGAAAAAGAAAACACAAAUUGUUACAACAAACAGCAAAAGGGACACCAACGAAAUAUGGAAAUACAGCAACGCAAGUGUUAGAAGAAAUAGGUAACACAAAAGCUGAAUUAAACAAGUUAAAAAUGGAACUACUGAGAAAGGAGGAUAACAGAAAAAUGGAAAUACACCAACAACAGCUGCAAAGAAUAAAGCUUCAAAACGAACACUUGAAAUUGCAAAAUGAACUGUUAUCAUUACAAAUAGAUAAAAUAAAAAAUGCUCAGUAAA